CCUCCACUCAGAUCCCAUGAUCUCAUAUCAGUUGCUCUAGCUUUCAUUCUGUCCGCACACGCACAAAGAUUUGCAACAUGUUGACCGUCUUGAUAUGGUGCUUUCUGGUGCCUAUGACUGCACAGAGUGCAUCAUGUCCACUGGAGUUAAUUCCCAAAAGGGUGGUGGAGAGACACGGAGCCUCGCUGUCAGUCCUCUGUAGGCCUACCACAACGUCUGCGGAGCCUGACGUCAUUGGCUGGGAGUCUCCGAUUGGCAAAUGGAAUUUGAAUAUGCCUGACAAUAAGUCUGUUACUUGGAAUGUGGAAAAUUUUGAAGACUGGACAUUUGAGCCCUUCUGCUUUGGGACUUUUUCUGAUAAUCAGUGUUCCGUGACCCUGCCCAUCACACUUUACAAGACUCCAGACACUGUGUCCAUCUCUGUGCAGAACCACAGUGGUCCACUGCAGGAGGGCAGAAGUUACACACUGCAGUGUGACGUCUUCAACGUGGCUCCUGUAGCCGCCCUCACUGUGUCCUGGCUCUGGAAGGGGGAGAUGAUUCAAACACAAACAUAUGAUGACGAUCUCACAAAGACGCCUGAAAACGUGUCUUCCACGUGGGAAAUCACCGCUUUUAGAAAUGAUAGUAAUGACAUGAUCACAUGUCUGACGAUCUUGGAUCCCAAACAAGAUGGACCCUCAGAGCAAGUUAACAAAUCAGCAGCCUACCAAGUCAUUGUGCAUUAUGCCCCUAAAUUCACUGAUGAAUAUGAUUCCGUGGAAGUGGUCACAGGCGGAAAUGUGUCCUUCGGCUGCAGUGCUGAGGGUAACCCGCCUCCUGAAGUCAAGUGCAAGUACACAGUUGCUAUCAAUGCGAGGGAAACCACACGGGGUCGCCAGCAUACCGUUAGCAUCACAAGGGCCACGUCGGCCAACGGUGGAAUUUACAACUGCGUUGCCACGAAUACAGUUGGUACUGCUACACGGCAAAUUACACUGACGAUAACCCCUCUAGGUCAUACCACUGGCGUUAACUACUGUCUGAUACUGGUUGUUAUUCCGGUCAUUAUCAUUAUCAUUGCAUCUAUUGCACAAAAAAACGUGGUAGGCUAGACAUAGUUUAACAAGCGCCAGAAAUAAUGAUGUCCCUCUGCACAAGUUGUAUAGGCUACUAACGAUAAGUUAUGAUCAGUUGUAUAAAGAACGAGCAAAAAUGUGAUUUCUUUCAUUACUUUUAAUUUGUUUAUUUGUAUUUGAUUAAUUGAUUUUUUUUUUUUGUGUGUGUAUGUGUGUAUAUAUGUAUGUUAGAAAGCUAUGCUAUGCUUUUCUUUUGUUAUUUGAUUAAAAUAUCCGUUUUUUGUGGACAUUAACGUCAGCCUAAUUUAAAUAAAUUUCACACAUGUA